AUGGUUUGGGCCUUCUCCUGCCCGUGCACUGACAGGAGAAGGCCUGAAGGGGCACAGGGUCGUCACAUUCAUCAUUGUGAAAAAAAUGGCAUAUGUGCUGCCAUUGAAGUUAGCAACCAUGCAGACAAAUUUGCUCGGGGUGGGUCUGAGUACGUACUGGUGAAUGGUUGGAGUGCCAAUGGUGAUAUGUUUGGAUUAAUGCAGAUCGCCAAACAGUGGCACAAACCAAUGGGUGACUGGGACAGUGAGGAGCAUAUCAAACAAGGCACGGGCAUCCUCACUUAUUCAAUAGGAAUCAUUCAAAAUAAAUUCCCCAAAUGGACCAAGGAACAGCAGCUCAAAGGUGGACUUGCAGCUUACAAUGCUGGAGCACAGAAUGUCCAUCAGUAUGAAUCUGUGGAUGAAAAUACCAGUGCGAAGGAUUACUCAAAUGAUGUAGUGGGAAGAGCUCAGUUCUACAGAAAACAUGGCUUCCACGUCUAA